UUCCCUCUUUCCCUGCUCCUUUCCAGCUCUGCCCUGCCCCAUGUCUCCCUUCCACGAGUGCUGCCUGCCCGCGGGCCUGGCGUGCCCCGAGCCCUUCGCCGUGACCCGCAACGAGACCUGCGUCAUCAAGUACCCCGACACCGUGGUGGACAUCGUGGAGCCCGACUUUCCCCCCUACUCCGUCAUCUACCCCGGGCCCACGCUGACCACCUUCCCCCAGCAGACCCUGGUGGGCUCCACGGCCCUGCUGGACAUCAGGAACUUCCUGGGCUCCCAGGGAUUCCUUGGGUUUGGGGGCCAACCUAAACCUUGCCUGGAUAUCUGUGGAUAGACUGAAAAAGCAGAGCCGAGCAGUCAGACAGAGCCCGACUAAAGUUUAUGGAUAAUGGAUUGUAGAAGUGCCGAGCUCCCGAGGUUCCCAUGGAGUCCAUAAAUCCAGGGAUUCCUGGCACUAGACCUGCCUGAGGACUAGAAUUUCCAAACUGCGAAAAAACUGAAAUUUCUCUAUUUACCUCAUUCCAAAUUAGGACAAACCAAAGUCCACAAUUUUCCAAGAAACCAGAUUUUAAAAAUACAUAUAUCCUUUUUUUUUCUUUUUUUUUUCUUUUUUUUUUUUUUUUGGUUUGCUAAAAUCUGUGUGUCAAUAAAUUCGUUUUUAUGCCAACACGGAUGUUUUAUUAUUAAUUUCUCUAGAAAUAAAAAAUUACAAAAUCCACUCAAACAAUAUGACUGAAAAUCUUGGGUUCCAAAAUGAAAUUUUUCCCAAAUUCCUCUUCAUUUGCAAAUUUUGCUGAACCAGAAUUUAAAAAAAAAAAAAAAAGAAAGAAAGAAAGAAAUCAGCUCUACUUGGCAUUUCUGAAAAUUAGGAAUUUGUAGUUCCUUGCUGCGCUUUAUUUCUGCUUAGCCUCACCAUGUAACGCUCUCCCAGCUUCUUUUCCUGCCUUUGUCUCAUUUAAU